CAGUGAUGGGAAAGCUGCUACAAUUGCUCCAAGCUGCUACAUUUCAUUAAAGCUGCUACAUCUAUGCUACAAAUGAGCACCAUUGCUCCAACCUGCUACAUUUCGUGAAAGCUGCUACAUCCAUGCUACAAAUGAGCAGAACUGCUCCAAAGCUGCUACGCAUAGCCUCCGAGAUUACCUGGCAAUGCGCCGCUUUAUCUCGGAGGCCACCGUCAAGGGGAUUUUUCAGCAACACCAGGUGGCAGAUAGGCUGCCGCCUUUCAUGCCAUUCGUAGGCAGAGCCAAUCCAAUACAAUCCAAUGCGUGGGCGGCGUGGGUUUGUUAUUGUUAGCCCAUGUGCCCACGUGGUAUGCUGGCUGUAGUUGUGCGUGGGCUUGUCACUGUGUAGUGUCGGUACCUGGUGGCACUGUCGUUUGAGCUGAGUGCAGUUGCGGCUCAUUCCCAGUUUUCGCUGCGUGCCGCAGCCUCGCAGUCGUACCGGCGGCGUGAACUCCCAUCGCGAGCAUAGCGGUGUUGUAUGGUUGUACGACUACGCGCGUCCUGCACGGCGGUGGCGUCAUGGCACUCUCCACUCUCAAAGGACGCAACAGUAAGUUCAAUGCGGACCUCCUGAAAGACGUGGAUGCCAACAGUGAUCUUUUUGAGGCGUGGUGUAGGGCUGGUGAAAGAGAAGAAGAUGCUUUUUGUGUCGUGUGUUGCCAGACAAUCAACUGUGCGUUUCAUGGUGUGACUGCAGUGAAGCGCCACUCGCAAAGCGAAAAGCACUUGGAGCGUACGAAGCAGCUACGUGGUCCUGAUGGGAAACUUAAGCGACCAGCAGCAGUUCAAGCCGUCCUGAAUUUUUCAGCUGCGUCCACCAUUGCGUCGUCCAGCAGAACUUAUCCAGCAGCACGGUCCCCUGAUAGAUAUUGGGGAGUGUUCCCUACAUAAGGUACACAACGCCUUCUCACGUGCCUUGGAUUCAUUCGGCAGUGAGGUCGAAACUGUCGUAAAUGAUGUGUAUUAUUACUUCAAACACUCUGCUGCACAGUGUGGCCUGCUGAAGGAGCAACAACAGGUGCUUGGAUUGCCUGAAGCCAUACUUCUACGGCAUGUAAAUUUCCGCUGGCUGUCACUCGUGCCAGCAGUAGACAGACUGCUUGAACAGAUUGAUGCCCUGAAGAGUGUCCUUUCCGCCAAUACUCCAGUACGUGCUGGAGGCAACAUUGCCAAAAGGCUAAGGAGCAGUCUGAAUGACAAAACCCUUUGUGCCAAAGCUCUGUUUGUGAAAAAUGCUGGUGAACUUCUUACAAGGUUCCUAAAACUGUUUCAGGGAACCGAACCCCUGCUUCACAUUCUUUAUGAUGAAAUGGUGAUGCUGCUAAAAAAAAUCUUGGGAAGGUUUUUAAGGACCGAAGUGUUUCAGGCAAAGUCAGGCAGUCAGCUUGCAUCCAUUGACGUUGAGUCCUCUCGGAACUGGAAACAACAUGUAGAGGUAGGAGCAGACACCGAAGAAGCUAUUAAGACCUGGACUGCUGCAGAGAAAGCUGCGUUCCGGCUAGGAGCAAGGUCCUUCUACAUUACAUGUUCGAAGUACUUGAUGGCAAAACUUCCUCUUGAGAAUCAGAUGCUCCAACAUGUCAGGUGCCUGCAUCCGAGCAAUCAUAGUGCGGAAUCUUCAAGAGACUCCUUCAGAUAUCUUGCAAAGUGUGCAACCCAGGUGGUUCAACCCGCUGAAGUUUCAUCUCUUCUUGAUGAAUUGACGGUGCUAAACUGGAACCAGUUACAUGCAGGUUCUGACAUGCCACUGGACAAAUACUGGCAUCAAGUUUUCAUCAUGAAAGAUGGUCAGGGUGGGCCAAAAUAUCCGCUAUUGUCCAAGCUAGUCAAGGCACUUCUAUCACUUCCGCAUGGCAAUGGCGAUGUUGAGCGUGGAUUUAGUGAAAACUCAAGAGUCCUGCACAACAGGUCAAAUCUUUGUCUCUCAAGCGUAAAUGGCAUACGUCACAUAAUAUCAUAUUCAAAGAGGUUUGACAGUGACCCGUGCUCAUUUCCAGUCAAUUCCGAUGUCAUCAAGGCUGUCAAGGGGGCAUCAAGACGGUAUGCGGAGCGCCUUGCAGCUGAAGAGCGACCAUCAAAGCGUAUGCGUAUAGAUGCAGAGCAAAGUUCACCGAAUGUGGAACUUACCAAUGACCAAGCCAAAAAGGAAGUGGCUGAGGCAGAACGGAUGAUUAAAAAUGCUGACUUGUUGAUUCAGCGGGGCAUGAAGUUGAAGAACUUCUCUGACAUCGAGAGUGGGCGAGCAGUGCUUGCUCAAGCACGAAAAAAGAUGGCCGAGUGUAUGCCACACUUGCAUGCGGAGAAAAAAGGGAAGAAAGCUUAGUGUGUUUCAUGCAAGUGACAUUCAUGUAUUGUGUACCUGCGUCUUUGUGCCAACCAGUCUUCAUAUAUUUGUGAUCCUAGGCUUUGUUUAAAGCUUGCGUUAGUUGCGCCGUCAUUGAACUCAUGCGCACACUGUAUUUAAUACUUCAUUUUAUUGUAUAAUAAAAGCAUUAAAACACCA